AUGGCACGCCAACGAGCUGCCCGUUUGUGGGCAUGUCUCGCCCUAGUGGCCUCGCUUUGCGGAAACGCAUUGGCCGUGGGCCCGUCCCAUGAUGUUGCCUACUGCGCCACCGUCAACACGGCUGACAUGGACUCGAAGGACAGCGACUUCCAGUCCAUGGGUUUGUGCUACCAAACCUGUGCUGGUGCCCAGGAAGAGUACGCCUUUGCUGUGGUUUGGGGCAAAUCCUGCUGGUGCUCCAACACACAGCCAAACACAGCCAACACCGUAUCGACUAACCAAUGCGAAAAUCCUUGCCCCGGAUAUCCUUCAGAUUGGUGUGGAGGCGAUUCCCUCUACGGAUAUCUCAAGAUCACGGGCGUCAAGCCGUCCAGCACGGCGGCGCCAGCGUCAAUCAGCACCACCACCCAACAAACCACCAAGACGACCACAUCCGCGACUAAGCCCACGACUACGGCUGUGGUGAUCAUCAAGACUGAGACUGAGCAGACCACUGCAAUCAAGACUGUGCAGAGCACGGUUCGAGAAACAGUGACUGUGAUUCCCUCGGUGAAGUCUUCGGUGGCCUCCUCAACUGGGGUUUCUUCUUCCACCACCCUUGUUACUUCUGUAUGGUUUUUCGCACCUUCUUUCAUCCGUUCUCGUCAGACCAUGCAUUCAACCGUAGCUUCCUGGGUGCAUACGACACAAACUACCAAUGGCCCCGUUACAACAGAUCCGACGCAGCCAACCACCCAAACCGUUACCGUUGGCGGAACAGUACGAACCGUGGUCGUCACACCAACCCCAACAGCCACCAGCGGAGGUCAACUUGCCGAACCCGAACCCAAUGGAAAGAAGCCACUCGGUAUAGGAGCAGCCGUCGGAAUUGCCAUCGGUGUCGCCGCUGCUCUGGGAAUUAUCGGCGUAUUGCUCUGGAUCUGGUACAUGAGGCGCAGGAAGCAGAACGAAGAGAGCGGCUCUUCAUUCAGCUCGCCACGCGGAAGCUCUUCGGGAAUGAAGGGCGCCACAGUUACCGAAACUCGCUUUGCGCCCGACCUGGUAGCAUGGGGGGAUGGACCGGGGUCCAAGAGGAGGAGCACUUUGAUGCCAGUCGACCCACGCUUGAACCCAUACGGCAACGCUCUGUUCAACGGCCGAAACAAGAGCCGUGAGAGUAUCACAUCAUUCCAGGACAACCAAGACUACUCGAGACGGGUUGUCGGUCAGCCGCGGGUACUGAGAGCCGUAAACCCGGAUCCAAUCAACGAGGAUUGA